AUGCUCUUCACUUCCACUUUCGCUCUCCUUCUCACCAUACUCAACCUCAGCGCAGCUCAAGAGGACUGCAGCCGCUCUUACGUCAUUGCCACCGGAGACACCUGCAAUAGUAUUUGCCAAGCGCAGGGUGUUUCCAACUACCAGCUCGGGCUUGUGAAUCCCUUGAUCGAUGCAAACUGUGACAAUUUGAUCCCGGGUCAGGUGAUUUGUCUGGGGUUCUUUGGUCACGACUGUACCGAGACCCAUACUGUUGUUGCUGGAGAUAGCUGCAACAGCGUUGUCGCUGCGGCGGGCAUUGACGAUGCUGUUUUUAUGUGCAACAACAAGAAUAUCAACGAAAACUGCAGUAAUCUCGAUAUUGGCUAUGUUGUGUGUGUUUCUGCUGGGCUUAUGGGUUAUCCAGGCCCAUGCCCCUCGAAUGAACCAGCAUUGUUUGUACAAUAA